GCGCCGGCCCCGACCCUGGCCUGACCCCGACCCCGACCCCCGGCCAGGCUCACGAGCAGCAUUCACAAUGGAGGUAAUGAACCUGAUUGAACAGCCUAUCAAAGUGACCGAGUGGCAGCAGACAUACACCUAUGACUCGGGCAUCCACUCGGGCGCCAACACCUGUGUGCCCUCUGUCAGCAGCAAGGGCAUCAUGGAGGAGGAGGACGCCUGUGGGCGCCAGUACACGCUCAAGAAGACGACUACCUACACCCAGGUGCCCCAGAACCAAGGUGACCUGGAGUACCAGAUUUCUACCACGGCCAGAGCCAAGCGGGUGCGGGAGGCCAUGUGUCCUGGCGUGACAGGGGAGGACAGCUCGCUGCUGCUGACCACGCAGGUGGAGGGCCAGACCACGAACCUGCAGCGGCUGGCGGAGCCCUCCCAGCUGCUCAAAUCAGCGAUCGUGCACCUCAUCAACUACCAGGAUGACGCCGAGCUGGCCACGAGGGCCCUGCCUGAGCUCACCAAGCUGCUCAACGACGAGGACCCGGUGGUGGUGACCAAGGCGGCCAUGAUCGUGAACCAGCUGUCCAAGAAGGAGGCGUCGCGGCGCGCGCUGAUGGGCUCGCCCCAGCUGGUGGCGGCCGUCGUUCGCACCAUGCAGAACACCAGCGACCUGGACACGGCCCGCUGCACCACCAGCAUCCUGCACAACCUCUCCCACCACCGCGAGGGGCUGCUCGCCAUCUUCAAGUCGGGCGGCAUCCCUGCCCUGGUCCGCAUGCUCAGUUCCCCGGUGGAGUCAGUGCUGUUCUACGCCAUCACCACCCUCCACAACCUGCUGCUCUACCAGGAGGGCGCCAAGAUGGCCGUGCGCCUGGCGGAUGGGCUGCAGAAGAUGGUGCCCUUGCUCAACAAGAACAACCCCAAGUUCCUGGCCAUCACCACCGACUGCCUGCAGCUGCUGGCCUACGGCAACCAGGAGAGCAAGGAGGGCCUGGAGAGCGUGCUGAAGAUCCUGGUGAACCAGCUGAGUGUGGACGACGUGAACGUCCUGACCUGCGCCACGGGCACGCUCUCCAACCUGACCUGCAACAACAGCAAGAACAAGACGCUGGUGACGCAGAACAGCGGCGUGGAGGCGCUCAUCCAUGCCAUCCUGCGCGCCGGCGACAAGGACGACAUCACCGAGCCGGCAACCAUCGGCCUGAUCAGGAACCUGGCCCUCUGCCCAGCCAACCAUGCCCCACUGCAGGAGGCAGCGGUCAUCCCUCGUCUUGUCCAGCUGUUGGUCAAAGCCCACCAGGAUGCCCAGCGCCAUGUGGCUGCAGGCACACAGCAGCCCUACACGGACGGCGUGAGGAUGGAGGAGAUUGUAGAGGGCUGCACUGGUGCGCUGCACAUUCUGGCCCGGGACCCCAUGAACCGCAUGGAGAUCUUCCGACUCAAUACCAUCCCCCUGUUUGUGCAGCUCCUGUACAACUCCGUGGAGAACAUCCAGCGUGUGGCUGCAGGCGUCCUGUGUGAGCUGGCCCAGGACAAGGAGGCGGCCGAUGCCGACAUGGACGCCACCUACCGUGCCAUGUACUCGAGUGACCAGCCCCUGGAUCCCCUGGACAUGCACAUGGACAUGGAUGGGGACUUCCCCAUAGACAGCUACAGCGAUGGCCUCCGGCCCCUCUACCCCACUGUUGACCACAUGCUGGCCUAACUGCCUCUACCCCCAGUGCAGCUCCUCUUUUGAGAGCCUUGGAGCAGACCAUGGGGGCAGCUGGGACAGUGCCUGAGCCUGAGCCGGGGAGGAAGCCGCCCACUUCCUGCUGACCCCAGGCCUGCAGAGCUUCUCCCCUGCAGGGUCUUUCUUGGGAUGGUGACCUGCUCCUGCCUUCCUGUCCUGGACUGUGGUCCCACCCAGGGCCCAGGGGCCCUCCGGGACCCCACGGCCCUGGAAACUGAAGCUUUAAGACAAGUCCCCGCUGUUUCCAGCCCAGCACCCCCCACCCCACCAGCUCGGCUUGGCACCCAGGCCCUGCAGGUCUCGGGUUCCUUCUCUGGCCUGAUGCUUCCACCAAACGCCACCUGACCAAACACCCUGAGCCUCCUGGGCCUCCAGGCCCUAGGUUCAAGGCUCAAACCCCCUGGAAUCCAAAGUUUCUCUUGCAAAGUUCAGGGACCGCCCAGGGGAGAUGACUUGGCGACUCAGGGAGCCAGUCCCCCCUCCCGGAGGAGACUGCCUGCUUCUCUCUCCAGGACACUAAGCUGGCUUUGGCCCUUCCGGGGAGCUCCCAGGACACCGCCCCUGCCCACCCCACCCACAGACUGCCCUAGCUGACCCCAGAAGUGCUCUUGGCUGACCCCUCUGGUGUGCGGUGUGGUGAGGGACUUUUCCUUCCCUUUCCUGUUUCAGCCCUCCCCCCACCCCUCACCUCUUGCACAAGGAGUGGGGUGCUGGGGAGGCCCCACGGAAGAGUUUUAUUGUUUCCGCUUUACGAUUUUGGUUAUUG